CUUCCCUCACAUGGAGGGGUCGACCGGUUGGAGGACUUGAUAUACUUAUCGCAAGUGAUUCAAGCGAUGGCUAUGAAAGUGGAGACAGAGUUCUACCGCCGGAACCGUGAGAUCGACCCCAAGACAGGGAACGGUAACACAAUGGGUGCCCUGUAUUGGCAGUUGAACGACAUAUGGCCGGGCACUACGUGGGCGUCCAUAGAAUAUGGCGGCAAAUGGAAACUAUUGCAGUCCUAUGCCAUCGACUUCUUCAGCAAUCAAUUGGUCACCGCUUACGAGGACACCAAUGAGACGCUUAAAGUAGUGUUAGUUCGCGACGACUUCGGCGAUAAACAA